GGAGUUUCACUCGGAGAUCUUUAAUGGUCUGCAUCAACACGCACUUCUACUGGCUCUUUAAGCAGCAGUGUUACAUUCACUGACCAUACGGAUUCCUAUUGGUCUUUUUUAUUCUCAUUUUGUUCCCCUCCGCAUGCUCAUGCAAGGCUGCAGCAACACAUCCAGCUUUUAAUUCUCAGACAAUCAUCACUAACUGGCUUGCUGCUGUUCCAAUGUUAGGAGACAAGGCUCACGGUGUCACUUUGAAGGUUAUGGAAUACACAUAUGAUGACGACCUGGAGGAGCUGUGUCCUGUGUGUGGAGACAAAGUGUCCGGAUACCACUAUGGCCUGCUCACGUGCGAGAGCUGCAAGGGCUUCUUCAAGAGGACGGUGCAGAACAACAAGAGGUACACGUGCGCGGAGAACCAGGAGUGUAAAAUAGACAAAACGCAGAGGAAGAGAUGUCCUUUCUGUCGCUUCCAGAAGUGCCUCAAUGUCGGGAUGCGGCUAGAAGCGGUGCGCGCAGACCGCAUGCGUGGGGGGAGGAAUAAAUUUGGCCCCAUGUACAAGAGAGACAGGGCCUUGAAGCAGCAGAAGAAGGCUUUGAUACGAUCCAAUGGCUUCAAGCUGGAGAGCGCGGUGCCUCCGCCGGCCUCUCCUCUGCAGGCCGACUACGGCUUCCCCGGCUCCCUGCACAGCCUGCCCGCCAUCUCCAAAAGUCUGCUCCCCUCCACCCCGAGCUCCAUCACGCCUACAGACUACGAGGCCAACCUCUACGGACCCCCGUCCCUGGGCAUGGCCAUGCAGUCCCACGUGCCCCUUGCCGCUCAGUACCAGUACACAGCCUUCCCCGAGAGGGCCAUUAAAGCCGAGUGCCCCGACUACACCAGCUCCCCCGAGUCUCUGACAGGAUACCCGUACCCAGACAUGUACCCGUCGGCUUCGCCGCAGCCGCCCAGCCUGCCGCCGCUGGUGCUGGAGCUGCUGCGCUGCGAUCCGGACGAGCUGGCAGUGCAGAAUAAGAUCGUGGCUCAUCUGCAGCAGGAGCAGAGCGGCCGUGGCCGACUGGAAAAGCCAAGCACCUUCAGCCUCAUGUGUCGCAUGGCAGACCAGACGCUCUUCUCCAUCGUGGAGUGGGCUCGGAGCUGCAUCUUCUUCAAGGAGCUCAGGGUGGGAGAUCAAAUGAAGCUGCUCCAUAACUGCUGGUCUGAACUUCUGGUCCUGGAUCACAUUUUCAGACAAGUGCAACAUGGACAGGAAGACAGUAUCCUGCUGGUGACCGGCCAGGAGGUGGAGCUGCCGUUCAUCCUGUCCCAAGCUGAGGCGACUCUGUCCAGCAUGGUCCAGAGAGGUCAGGAGCUGGCGGCGAGGCUGCGGGCGCUGCAGCUAGAUCGCAGAGAGAUCGCCUGUCUGAAAUUCCUCCUCCUGUUCAAUCCCAAUGUGAAGCUGCUGGAGGACCAGGCAUUCGUGGAGGGCGUCCAGGAGCAGGUGAAUGGGGCUCUGCUGGAGUACACCCUGUCCACCUACCCUCAGUUCCAGGAGAAGUUCAGCCAGCUGGUUGUGCGGCUGCCGGAGCUGCGUUCCCUCAGCACGCAGGCGGAGGACUACCUGUGCUACAUGCAUCUGAGCGGCGAGGUGCCCUGCAACAACCUGCUCAUCGAGAUGCUGCACGCCAAGCGAGCGUGUGUGUGAGAGGUGCACGCAGGGUGCUCCGUCGCAAUGUGUUUGUUUCUCUAGCGGAGACUGUGUAUGGGAGGGAAAGUGUGAGCGAGAUGAAAAAUCAAAUGAAGAUAGACAGGUGGGUCAUCUUUGCGAGGUCUUUUGUUUGAGCUGGAGAGGAGAAAAAUGUUCUUUAGAGUUUGGAAUUAUAAAGCUCCAUCUGUAUCUCGAGGUAGUUUUCAGAUUUUGAAUGGUGAUGUUUUCAUAUCCUGCAGAGCUACAUUAACGUGACCUUUAUAAACUGGAUUUGCUACCCUGUUUGCAAACAUCUAAAAUUAGAUCUGCCUGUAGUGUUACAUUAUAUCCUCUUUGACUAAAUAUCACAUGAUUCCAAAAUCACAGACAAAGAUUUUCUACAUCCCACAAGAGCUGCCCAGCAAACAUUUAGACUCAGAGGAGGAAUCUUUAGCCUGCAUCAGUGCUGAACAGUCAUGAAUACACGGUGUCAAGAGGACUGUUGAGAUAUCUGUCCGAAGCUGCAACCUGCAUCAUUUUUGAAACAUCCACACCUAAAUGUCGUUCUGAUAUCACUGUAAAACUGUUUCCAACGCCAACUUAGGAAUUCUAUUGUGAAAUCUGGCGCUGGGUGGCAUGUUGAACUGACACAUCACAAAAAUGGGACUGUGUGUGUGAAGACAGAUUUUGUAGCUUCUUUUCAGAAAUUCGAUUUUAGUGAUAAAUGAGUCAUUUUUGAUCGAAAAUGUCAGUUGCAACUUUAUGAUUCCAAGUUGACCAACACUGUCCCUAGAUUAUUCUUAUUCUUAUUUUAGAUGAAGACAGACUUCAGGAUAACAUGACACACUGUGGUCUCGUCAGACUAGACUGCUCUUAUCUCUACACUUGUUCGUUUUGCCGCCAGUGUUAAAAAAAGAAAUGAAAUAUGAAAGCUCUAUGGGAUUCAAUAUAGUUUGGUUUUAAUCUAUUUAGAUGUUAAUAUAUUGAUAUAUAGAAGCCAGACAUGUUAACAAAAACGUAUUCUUAUUUAGUUAUUCAUCAAACCCUCAAAAAGAAAGAGUAAAUGAAAGGGAGAGAGAGACAGGUAAGAAAGAGGGACACGGACAAAGAAAGGGGGAGAUAAAAAAAAAGGGAAGGCAAAAGAGAGGAAACUGCACACAGCAAUGCCUUAUGGAUGAAAAAAAAAGCAGAGCGAAGCAUAAAGAGGAGGGGAAAAAGACACAUCUAUGUGCAAAUGAUAAGGGAGAGAUGAAUGACAAAGACAGCAUUUGUCUUUCUUUAAGUAAAGAUG